UCCGUAUAUUUUCUCACCUCAACCAAGCCCUCUGAAUACAAAAUAGGAACCCAAAUUACGCUCAACGAUGAAAGGAACAAAGUUAAAGGGGUUUCUGGGCUGAGUUUGACCCGCAAGGAUCGGAAAAAUGAACGAAUGCAACGGAGGCCGGCGUAAUGCCAAGUUUGGCAUGAGUAACUAGGUUGGACUGAGGCUCUCAAGGUGGAGAUGGAAAUGGAACUAGUUGAAGCUUUGAACUAAAGCGAACGUGGCAGAAACCAUCUCCCCCGAGUCUUUUGAUACACUGGACGAUACGGAAAGAUGCAGAAGAAUAUUAUAGAGCGAGUUGUUCGCUCUUACCCGCACGUUUGUCUUUUGGCAUCACGAUUGUUGUAGAUGGAGGUUGCACUCGGAGCAUUACAUGGAGAUGCUGAAGCGUUAGAUGUUGAAAGUUCGCUCUCGGACGCUAAUGAUGGAUGAUCGUUUAUGUUGGUUUUUGGAUGCACCAAGAGGGUACCACUUCUGAUAUAGGCUAUCGUUGUCCUCUUCAUGGCUUCUCCGCUCUCUUUGGCAUAACCAGACUGUAUCUGUCAUGUAGCCCUCCUUGAAGAAGACCAAGUCGCACGCGUGGUUGGGCGUGUUGGUGGCAGAGGAGCUGGCUGGUCUGUUGUCGUUGUGGAUUGCGUGGAUGAGAAGGGGAGCUUUGAUGGUGCAGAAAUGAGGUGGGGGAAGGGACACGGGUUAGUUCCUGAGAGUCAUUGAGAGGUAAUCAGUUAACUUCGGAGGAAGAUGGGUAGGGCUUUGUGUCGUUUACCGCGAGAGAGAUGUCUUUACCCCCUUCAAUGUUUGCUGUGCGGGAUAUACUGCUCGCUUUCUCUGGUUUCUUUCUAGUUUCUUCUUGGUUCCAUCUCCUCGGUUGUUUAACAUAAUUUCGACUCUGCCCAUGGGGAACCUGGGACUCAAGCUGUCACAUGUAGCUUCGAAAGUUGGAACGUGGCAAUAAAUGGACUUUGUCUCUCACCCCCACGGCGGAUGCUCUCCCUCCAUUGAUAGGGUUUCUAACACUUCAAACGAAAAGAUCUUCAUGCACCAAGCGCUGGAAUCAACAGAAAUUCUUCGGGCUAUCUUUCGGUGGUGUGAUAAAGGAUCGAACGCCAAAAAUGCUCUGGUCAACAAAUCCUGGUCGGAAAUCGGUUUAGAUCUUCUAUGGGAAGUGAUCACGGAUAUCAAUGUCAUCUUUGGUCUGCUCGGAGAGAUUUCAACAUCGAAUUCGACGCGCUUCUACUCUUGGAGGCCAACGUCCGCAGAGUGGCAUCGCUUCCAGACUUAUUACGCCCAUCGAGUCAAAACGCUGGAUUUCACGAAUCUAGAUGGGACACAACAAUCAAGGAUGACCUCGAUAUUUAACACCCUUGCCCGACUCCAGUAUUCGACGCCGAUCUUUCCGAACCUUACCUCCAUAACCUGGCGAGAUCUGGACUCCUCUGGAUACACUCAUCAUAGCACGAUCUUCAUGCACUCGAAAGUCACGCGAUUCCGUCUGAUUGCCCAUCAGACCGAGGACAUUCGGGAAGAUCUCCUGAACGAGUAUUUUCACUCGGUUUCGGAGCGCAUGCCGAAUAUAGACAGGUUGCAGGUUGAGAUACUGAACCAAAGUCAUAAACAUUUCCGGGAACCUUUAAAAGCGGUUUUCAGAGAUCUUCAUUGUCUGGAGAAUCUAUCACUACCUGCGAUGUCCGAUAAUUCCGACAUGACGGAAAGCCUAUCUCCGUAUCCUAAACUACGUGGUCUGAACUUCGUUCGGAUGGCCCGAGAAGACGGUGUAAAGAGGAUGACGCCUUCUCUCGCAGUCGACGCCUUUCGGCACCUUAUUUCGCUGCAGAUACAUACCCCGUAUUCCGUUAUCACCCAUUUCCUUCAUGUGACUCCAAAUUUUGCGGCUAGACUCACGAGUCUUGAUGUCACUUCUACGUUACCCCAAAGCGAGAGCCCCUCUGUCGUCAAAGACCUCCUUGAAGUGAUCGCCAGUCGUUUUGGGGGAUCAUUAAGAUCCCUCCACGUACGAAUCGACACGCGAUUUCCUCCGGAUACUCCCCAAUCACCGUCCAUUUACGACGUUGUUUCAUUUCAGCACGUCGAAGCUGUUUUGCGAUGCUCUGAAAUGAAGGAGUUUUCCUUCACACAUAGUUUACCUCUCUACCUUCGUCCAGAGAAUGUAGAGAAGAUAGCCUCCUCGUGGCCAUUUAUCGUGAACCUGCAUCUCUGUGUCGAUCCAAGAAGGAACUUUCCGUCUGAUAGUUCUAUGUCCCAUCUCGGCUUCGACUCGUUGAUUCCGUUUACGAAAGGUUGUCCUUCACUGGAGAAACUCGAACUUCCUCUUGACCCCACACGCGUCCCUAGACUCGUUGACGAACAUGAACUUCAAGCUCCCAUUGAACCGCUUCGAAAAAUGAGGAUUUUUUCUCCCGGGAACGUAGGACCCACUGACAAUUUGGAAUAUCUGGUCCUAGUCGAGUUCCUGAGCCGAAUUUUACCUCCCAACUGCGAGAUUUCCUUCCAUACUAGUUGGGAAAAUACGUCAGGAUCGCCGGUGACACCUGAGAAAUGGACCAUGAAAUGGAAAGACAUUAGAGAGGGACUUGUGCCGGUUGACCAGAAGAAUAAAAAACAGGAGGCGCUGCAGAUUGUUGAGAGCGAUGAACAUUUUGAAAUCUCAGUUCCCAGUGACCGGUUCGAAGUGUUGAACUCGGAGCGUAUAUUCCCGCCACGGUGGUACUAUGACCCGCCGGGCAGUGUUGGGCCUGGAACACCGUCGCCUGUAAAUUCGACCGAGUCGUCAGACUAG